CUGGCCAGUUGUGGUACAGUAAUUUCAAUCUUCGGCAUGCAAGGUUUCCGAGCGAAGCAAUGGAGAAAGUACGAAGCGGCAGCCGAGAGUAUGCUGGAGAGGGAACCGACCGCUGACUUGGCAUUGGCCGGCUUUCCAAAUUGGCAAAAGGCAGAAAUGCAAGUUUUCUUGGGCCCAAUUGGAGAAUAUGACGAAGUGAAGAUGGUCAAGGACGAUUAUGACACCCCCGUUUGUUUGGUGUGGGUGAGCCGGGGAAGUAUUCCAGCUCUUCUUGCAGCAAGGCUCAAAACGAGCCGGCUGAUUUCUCAAGGAUUGCAAGUGGUACUCGCCCGAGAGCACACACAAGACUUUGGGACCCGCUCAAGUGGUACUCGCGACUAUCAAUUUCGAAACGAAGAGCGCGUGGUGCUCUUGAAUUUAAGAUCGCAGACUGAGCUGAACGGCACCCCCUGCACCAUUUUACGAUUUGACUCCAACUCCUCUCGAUGGCUGGUGCGUUUGGAUUCUGAAGAGGAGGACAACGAACUCUUGGUCUCGGAAGCCAAUCUGUUGCCCCUGUGGGCCGAAAGAAGCGAUGAGAUCGAAGAAGCGCUCUCUCCCAAGGCUGAAACAGGCGAAGGUGAAGGGUCGGACGGUGAGGCGCCAAAGCCGAAUGAGGCCGAUGAGAUACCGGAGAGUGACCAAAGAGGAGCUCGGCUCGAGCAGCGAGAGCUCGGCGAAGGAGACGCGGAGGCUGAAGAGGAGCCGGAGGAGCAGAGUGAAGCGGAGGACACCAACCUCUCGAGGAGAUCCAUAGACAAAGCUGAUUCGAAAGGCAAAGUGAAGGCCUCGCAUGCCGUGGUGGUCACCGGCUUCCCCCUGUGGGACCUGGAACGGAUCACCGAGUACUUCGCGCGCUUCGGGGAGCUGCGCACCAUCCUGGGCCACGACAAGGCCAAGAAUGGACGGAGGAAACUCCUGGUGGCUUACUGUCGGAAGGUGAAUGCCAGAACCACCCAAAAGCGUGUGGAUGGAACAGAGAUUGAUGGCUUCAAGUUACAUGCCUUCUUUCCCGAGAAGGCAGAGGCCAAGGCCAAGGCGAGGGCUCCAAAGCCAACCAUCAGCAAAUGAAUGAAGUAUAAUACUUGACGUUGUUCUUCAACAGAGGCACGUCCGGCGGACAAAAUGAGGCUUGCUGCGCCAGCGAGGCUUGCUGCUGUGGACACUCUGGUCUCGAGACAAGGUCCAUUGCGUUCAUCAACCGGCCCGGUUCAACUAUAUGGUAUAGCC